AGACUUUCUGGAAAAGCCACGUAGAGCUCUUUGCCUUAAAAGCAAUACCCUGUGCUCUAACAAUGGGCCUCAACAUGACGUCUGGUUAUUUGCUUUUGGCAACAGCGGUGCUUCUCUCGUCCAAUGCACUACUUCUCAAUGUAACGACGGACGAAGUGGAAAUAGGGAAAACAAAAAACGUUUCCUUAGAAUGCAUCGAUGAUCAUAUUCAACCACACAUCUCUGAAGUUCUCAUGAUUAGAAUUCUGAAAAAAGACCUCGUUGGGUGGAGUAGUUUUGCAGAACUUCGUGACAGAGAUACAGAAGUAACGCCAAAACGUAAGGAUGUACUCGCCACGGCCAACAAGUCUUCCAUUGCUAAAAGUUUUCUUCGGCUCACGUGGCCUGUGGCGACUGAUGAUGCUAUAGGCCAAUACAGAUGUGAUGUAAUUAGUUUGACUUCCCGAGGGAAUGUCAACUGGCAAAAAACCCUACCAACGUUUAUCUCUCAAAAGAGUGACGUCACAUUGAAGAUCCUAAACAAAAUAGUGGAGGAGAACAAAAAAGACUGCCUCCAACGACUGCAAUCUCAGAGGGAAACCAUUCUGGAUAACGUAACAACUACUGCAGAGGAAAACAAGAGACAAUGUAUGCUGCAAAAAGAUGACAUUCUACGAAACGUCACGGCGACCGUCGAGUCUCUUGGAGUGAGUUUUGAGGACCAGCUACAGGUUCUGAGCCAGACAGUAGACCAGAACAAGAGAGAGUGUCCACACCAAAUGCUGUCCCAGAAACGCCAGAUCCUGGAGAACGUGGAGGCGAUCAUGGAGCAGAGCAAACGAGAGUUUAUCCAACGGGAAGAACGUAUUCUUGGCAACGUCACGGCGAUUGUCGAGGCCCUAGAAGCGGGUUUUGAGCGCAAGCUGAGUGCUAUGAAAAGCCAGCUACAGACGUACUCUUGUGCCGACGUGACUGGCCUGGGUGAUCGACCAGUUGUCCGACUCUUUAGCGGCAUGGAGGUCGUCUGUGACACCAUAACCGACAACGGUGGCUGGAUUGUGAUUCAGAGACGUGCUUCAGCGGACGUUGAUUUUUUUCGUAGUUGGGCAGACUACAAAAACGGAUUUGGCGACCGCUCUGGCAAUUUCUGGUUUGGGUUGGAGAAAAUCCACCAGCUGACAAAUCAGAGGAAAUACGAGCUGAGGAUCGACAUGAAAUACAAAGGGAAAGACUACCACGCCACCUAUAACAACUUUUUACUUCACGGAGAAUCUGAGAACUACAAACUUCAGAUAUCCGGAUUUUCGGGUAAUGUACAGGACAACAUGAAGUAUAACAAUGGCGAGGGGUUCUCAACCAAAGAUCGUGGUACAACCAGAUGCGCCAAACAAGACCACGGAGCUUGGUGGUACGAUAAUUGCACUUGGGUGAACCUCAACGGAGCGUGGGGAAACACAGAGAGCGAGAAGGGCUUGAUCUGGGAAAGUGUAACGGGACAUUCCGACUCGGUCACCUUCUGCGAAAUGAAGAUUCGACCAUUUGAUAAGUGA